AUGAUAAAUUCAAAAGUUGCAAAAUUUAAUAUUGGCCUUAUUGCCAGGCGAUGGUAUCUGGAGAAUAUUCAAGAUCAAUAUAUUCACGAAAGUUUACAAGAUGAAACUGUUGGAAUAGUAACACAGUUUCAACAAGAUAAUAAUAAUGAAAUUUUAAUAGCUGAUUUGCAUAUCUUUAAUCAAUUUAGAAUGCCAGAUACAUUUACAAUUGAUAUUAAACAAUGCUUACAAAGGAAGGUUAAGUAUGCAUAUGGGUUCGGAAAAAUGAAGAAAGCACUUAAUUUGGCACUUGAUUUGGGUUGUGAAGAUGAAAUUUUUAAUAUGAUUAAUGGAUUUAUUAAUUGCAAGAAAAACACUAUUGAAGAAACAAACAAUGAAAAUAAAGAAGAAAAUCUGCAAAUUUUGGAUCCUAUAGUUCAAAAACAACGUGGACGACCACCAAAUAAAUGGAUUAAAUCAGCUUCUGAAUCAAACUCAUGUCAUGCUAGCACAAAAAAUAGCGCAAUUAAUCCAUCUGAUCCUAAUUUAUAUGUACACGAAAUGCAACAAAAUUCUCAACAAGCAUUUUCAUCAAGAACUCCUUUAAAUACACUAACUAAUAAUAGUGAUUUUGGUAUACAAAGACAUGAAGCAAAUGAAAACACAUUAAAACAGAAAGUGUAUUUAUGUAAAAUUUGUGGACAAUCGGGUCAUAAUGCUAGGACAUGUAAUAAAUAA